UAUAAGAGCGCCAUUUUAUGUUAUCAUAAAAGAUUUGAUUAAUUCUAUAUUUUUAUGAAAAAUUGUAAUUUGAAUAAAUAUUGGCUUUUUUUUGAUUACCAUUUUUAUUAUUAAAUAUUCUUCUUAAUAAUAUGCUUAAUUUGAAAAAAUUUUCGUAAGUUAGAAAUAGAUAAUAUUGAAAAACAAUCACAUUCUAUACACUUCAGAUUUUAGGUGACAAAAAUAUAAAAAAAAUGGCGUUACAUAGUGUACCGCCAAAAAGAAAAGAAAUUUAUAAAUAUGAGGCACCAUGGCCACUAUAUAGUAUUAAUUGGUCUGUAAGACCUGAUAAACGAUUUCGUUUAGCUCUUGGAAGUUUUGUAGAAGAAUAUAAUAAUAAAGUACAAAUAGUUUCACUUGAUGAAGAAACCUCUGAAUUUAGUGCCAAAAGUACAUUCGAUCAUCCUUAUCCAACUACAAAAAUUAUGUGGAUACCAGAUAGUAAAGGAUUAUUUCCAGAUCUUUUAGCUACAUCUGGAGAUUAUUUAAGAGUUUGGCGGGCAGCUGAACCAGAAACUCGUUUAGAAUGUGUUCUAAAUAAUAAUAAAAAUUCAGAUUUUUGUGCUCCUCUUACAUCUUUUGAUUGGAAUGAAGUAGAUCCAAAUUUAAUUGGUACUUCUAGUAUAGAUACAACAUGUACUAUUUGGGGAUUAGAAACUGGUCAAGUUUUGGGUAGAGUCAAUAUGGUCACUGGCCAUGUUAAAACACAAUUAAUUGCUCAUGAUAAAGAGGUAUAUGAUAUAGCAUUUAGCCGCGCUGGCGGUGGUCGUGAUAUGUUUGCAUCCGUUGGUGCAGAUGGUUCUGUGAGAAUGUUUGAUUUGCGGCAUUUAGAACAUUCAACGAUAAUUUAUGAAGAUCCUCAGCAUACACCACUCUUGAGACUAGCAUGGAAUAAACAAGAUCCUAAUUAUCUUGCAACAGUUGCAAUGGAUGCAUGUGAAGUAAUUAUUUUAGAUGUCCGUGUUCCAUGUACGCCAGUUGCAAGACUUAAUAACCAUAGAGCAAGUGUUAAUGGUAUUGCCUGGGCUCCUCAUUCAUCUUGUCACAUUUGUACAGCAGGAGAUGAUCAUCAGGCAUUAAUUUGGGAUAUACAACAAAUGCCAAGAGCUAUUGAAGAUCCAAUUCUUGCCUAUACUGCUGCAGAAGGAGAAGUAAAUCAAAUUCAGUGGGGUGCUACACAACCUGACUGGAUUGCGAUUUGUUAUAAUAAAGCAGCAGAAAUUCUUAGAGUAUAAAAACAAAAACAUUUAGAUUCAUGACAUUUUAUGUGUCAAAUCUUUCAAAUCAUUUACAAAAAUUCAUUAAAUCAUGUAUUGGACUUCAGUAUUUGUACAGAAUUUCAUCUUUAUUAUAAGUUUUUUUAUACUUAUUUUGUACCUGUAAAGUAGACAUGUACAAAUACUAGUUAUUUUUGAAGAUAUUAAGAUUCAAAAUUAUAUAGAUAAAAAUAUUUGAUAUAAUUAAUGCUUAUUUUUUAAUUAAAAAAUAUGUAUAAAUUUUAAAACAAUAUGGUUUCAUAUUCAAAUUAUUAAAGUAAAUAAGGCUAAAUUGAAAAUAUCCAGUAUAUGUACAUGUUAACUUAAUACAAUGUUUUAUUUUUAUGAUUAUUUUAUGUAUCUAAAAAUUUUAGAUUUAUUUAAAAAUUGUCAUAUGACUGACUAAAUCAUACAAAUUUAUAAAGGAAUUCAUUAAAUAAUUAGAAGUUAAAUAAUAGCAUAAAAAUGAAUAUAAAUAGCGAUAAAUCACAUGUAUAUUUAUAAUAAUGUAUAUGAUCGUAAUUGAUGUAUCUUAUUUUGUGAUGAUAAAAUUAAUCUAUUUCUUCUAGAAGAAAUAUUAAAUCAAUUAAUCAAUUUAAACAAUCCACAUGAAAUAUAACAAAAUAAAAUAUAUCUAUUACGUUAUAUAAUUGUAUAUAUGUUUAUACUUAGACUUGAUUUUGUAGAAAAAAAUAUUAUAAUAUAAUAAUAGAUUUUCAUACACUUUUACAUUAGUAAUAUAGGUUGUUAAAAAUCAUAUGCAAAAAUUAUUAUUAUAUUAAAAUGCAAUACACAUUUGUAUUUUAAUAAAAAAUUAUCAAGUUCUUUUAUUAAAUUCAGAAAAAGUUAUAGCAUUAGCAUUCGUGAUACUAGUAUUAAUAAUAAAAUGUUUUAUAUGCGAUUUUUUGUAAAAUUAUGUUUUGUAAAAAGUAAAUCUUUUUAUAUAUUUAUUAUUUCAGUAGUUUAAAUUAAUCAUUAAGAACUGAGAAUUAUAUCUUUUGUACUCAGAAUAACAUGAUGGGAUUUGUAAUUAGUACAAUUUAAGUUUUAGAAAAGUACGAUUUAUAUUGGUAUUCAAAUAUUUUAUAAUUUACAACUUAAUGAGCGAGAUGCAUUAUUUACAAUAAUGAAAUGUGUAUGCGAGAUAAAAUAUUAGCCAAUUAAUACAUUCAUUUUCCACAAUAAUCUUCUGUUGAUUUUUCAUGAAAUGUCUGAUAACUUUAUACAGAUAUAAGAUUAGACUAUUAUAAUACUAUCACUACUUCAAUAAAUAUCAUUAACUCUGA